AUGGCUGGAUCAUCUGAAACAAUUGGAUAUAGCUUCCUUAAAAAUUUAUAUCUGUAUUUGAAGCACAAACGUAAGUAUGUGAAAGAACUUGAUAAGAAUUUUGCAAAGCUCACAAAAGAAAUACAUGUUCUUCGUGCACAAAGAAGAAAUAUGGAAGAAAUGGUGCUAAGGAAUCAGUUUAGUUUGGAGAUGACAGACCUGCAUAGAACCCGGAUUCAUCAAAUGGAGAAGAUCGAAGAAGAAAUGAGAAAGCUUGAAGUCAAAUACAAGCGUGCACAGAAGUUGGAGCAACAAGUUGAAGAAGUUGAAAAUCUACAAAAUGGCAACAAGCACCAAGCCCGUAAGCAUCCAACUGGAAAGCCAGGGUUCUUCACACUUGCAAAGCUCAAUAAAGGCAUUGCCAAAUUAACUGGAGAAGUUGCUAAACUCAGAGAGCAAGUGAAUGCUGGAAAUCUAAUUGGUUUUGAGUCCGUUUAUUAUGAAUCUAAGGGAUCUCUUGAGACAACUAUGUCAGCGUCAACCUCAAUGCUUCAGCCAAGUAAUGAGCAACAGUUAAAGAGUGGUGGUUUGCCUCUAACCAUCAUUGUCACUGCAAAGGCCUUGAGGAAUGAAAAUGAUGUUCUGGUAUGGGAGCAUGCACUGAGACACUUCCAGCAACUUAGCGAACUCACUGAUGAACAUGAAGCUGCGAUUAGACGAUUGGAAUUUAGCUAUGACAGAUUGAAGGAUCGUGAUAUAAAGAGAUGCUUCUUGCAUUGUGCAUUGUUUGCAAAGGACCAUGUGAUUAAGGUUGAUGACUUGAUAGAGAAUUUUAUUGAGGAGGAGUUGAUUCAUGUAAGUUCAUCCAGAACACUGAAGAAGGGACACGAUAUAAUUAAAAGUCUUGUCGACUCUUCACUACUGAUUAAAAAGUCACUAAUGGAGGAACCAUUCCAAGGCAGUACUACAGAAGGUGCUAUCUUGUCAGGAGCUGGUGCAGGACUAACUAAGCCACCGCCUGAGGAGGUAUGGGAACAAAAGGAGAUGAUCUUCUUGAUGAAUAAUGACUUGUACAGGCUACCCGAGAAACCAAAUUGUCCCAAUCUUUCAAUGUUGUUCCUCCAAAAAAACAGGGGUUUGAGAUUGAUACCUCCGUCAUUCUUCAAUGAUAUGCCUUCCGUCCGAGUUGUAAACCUAUCAAAAACUGGAAUUAGGUCCUUGCCACCUUCACUAUUUAAGCUUACUGAACUUCAGGUCCUUAUUUUACGCCACUGUAAUUGUGUAGGUGAGCUCCCACCCGAGGUUGGAGACCUUAGAGCCCUCGAGGUGCUUGAUCUCCAUGGCACUGAGCUUUUCAACCUUCCUGAUGAGGUUGGUAAACUGGGAUCUCUCACGCACUUGCAGGUCUCCUUCUAUGAAGCUGUUGACCAAAUGGAGUGUGAUAUGCGGUGGAAUAAGAGUGCAGAAGAUAUAGCACUUGAUGUGGGCAGCUUGGAUGAAUUGACCAGUCUUCAGUUCUACUUUCCAAAUGUAGAUGCUCUCAACAAAUUUAUCAAAAAAAGUCGGCCAUGGAGAAGUAAUUCCUUGAGCAAGUUCAAGUUUAUUGUUGGCCAGAAAAUCAAAUGCAUUCGUUUCCGAGUCCCUGAUGAUAUAGAGUUGGAUUAUGAUCAAAAGGAUCGAUGUUUGAGAUUUGCGAGCACUAAGAACAUACCUGAUGCAGUUUUUGAAGUACUUGGGCGCGCCACAGCAUUUUAUCUAGAUUGCCAUCUCACGAUCCAGAGCCUAUCAGAAUUUGGGAUUACUAAUAUCAAGGAAUUGAAAUUUUGUAUAUUAAGCGAGUGUCCCAAUAUUCUUGCUGUUAUAGACUUUGAGAAAAAUAGUGAAUGGGUAUUACAACACCUUGAAUACUUGAGUAUUCAUUAUUUGUGGAACUUGGAGAGCAUUUGGAAGGGUCCACUGCCCCUUGGAAGUUUGAAUGGGUUGAAAAUUUUGUCGGUGCACACAUGUCCUAAGCUGGAGUUCAUUCUUGAGGAGUCCACGCUUCAAUGCCUUUCUAACUUGGAAGAGUUGGUGGUUAAAGAUGUGCAUCACUACGGAAGAUAA